AUGGUUGCCGAGUCUCAUCCAGCGUUGAGACGCGCGCCUUCCAGCGAUAGCCACGCGAGCCACACCAGCCAGUCGAGUCAAUCAAGCCAGUCGUCGAGACUGCUGUUCGGAGAGAUCCCGAGUCCCAUUGCGACCGCCCGUCCAUCACUGUCUCGCUCCCAGAGCUCAGUAUGCAGCCUCAUCCUCUCCACAAGCUCGACGUUCCUAAGGUUCUGGCUGUCCGAGGAAUGUCGCGACUCCUUCCUGUCGCACGUGGAGAAAGAAGACCUCCCGAACCUUCGUCUCGCUUGCCAUGACUUUGCGACGCGCGCAGCCCCAUCGCUCUUCGAGGAAAUCAACGUCACGUUCAAGCCCAGCACCUUCACCAAGCCGGCUCGUAUGACUGCUCUGGACCGGAUUGGCCAUCACGUGCGCAUGCUGUCCUUUAAUAUGCCCCAUACGCCUGAGACCUUCCUACCACCUCUGGUCGACCCUAUGACUGGCGCGGAGCAUGCAUUUGUGUACGAGCCGCAAGUACACAAACCAUCAACUCUCAUCAGCAAAGUCAAGGAGCCAAAGUAUGGAUCGUGGGAGACUACAGACCUUCUGAUCAAGCAGUAUCCACCGCUGUUUCAUGCCGCAACCAACAUCCCGUCGUUCAUCCAGGCCUUCUCACUGCUACCUUGCCUGACACAUCUCAAGAUCAGCUGUCCAGGACAGGAAGCUUCUCAACGGUAUCGACGCAGCGCAAUUGAUUACGCUCUGAUAUCUCUGCGGAUCGCCAUCGAACAAGCACCGCUGGAAGUCCUCAACACGAUCUCACUUCUUCCCAUUCACCCUGGAGCACUUCUCUACCUCCAACCGCUAUCUGGAUUCGGUGGGUUCCCACGUGCGUCCCGGCGAUGGGCGCAGAUCCGGAAGCUAGCCAUCCACAUGGACAGCUUCCCUUUCGAGGAGUCAAGCAGAUCCCAACACCUUAAAAUUCUCCAUUCGUACCUCGGUUACUUCUCGACCCACUUAACCCGCCUCUUGUUUCGCUGGAAAGGCGACAAAGGCCCUUCACCCUUUACCCUUGACCAAGAACCCUGCUUCAAGCCAUCGGACCCAGCGUCCGAGCAGACAGGACUCCGUCCACUGAAGUUCCCGCGGCUGCGCUACAUGGAGCUGGAAAACGCGACCAUGGACUCCGCCCAAGUUAGCGCGUUUAUCUCUCGCCACCGGCGCGUGCUCUCCGAGUUCAACUUCGAAGACGUCGCGCUGCGCACUGGCACCUGGGACGAUGCCCUCGCUCCACUGAGCCGUAUCGCCGGUAAUGACAGCUGGAAAGAAAAACAGCAGGAAGUCAUGGACGUGCCUGUGAUCCUCAGCCCCAGCAACAUCGAGCCACGUGUCAUGGAGUCCGUCAUGCAGGACGAGCAGAGGGCUGAGCGCUCCGGCACGCAGCUCACUAUGAGCCGCUGGCUGUCGAAGGGUCGGUCGGCUGUCGCGGCCAAGAAGGCCAAGGAGCAAUUCUGGGGCAGUGGCGAGCACAUGAAGAGGUUCUUGAGGACUUCGGUCUUCCCGUGGCGCUAA